CGCGCUGCAUUGAAAUCCAGCGGCAGCCCCCCUCCAUCAUGCCAUGGAUAUGCUAUGGCAGUACCAGUUUCGAAUCAUCUUGCUUGGCGACUCGACGGUGGGCAAGUCGUCUUUGCUGAAGCGUUUCACCGACGGCUUGUACAGCGACGUGGCGGACCCCACGGUCGGCGUGGAUUUUUAUGCCCGCUCUUUGGAGAUCGAGCCGGGAGUGAAGAUUAAGCUGCAGCUUUGGGACACAGCUGGCCAAGAACGAUUCAGAUCCAUCACCACCUCCUACUACAGAAACUCAGUGGGUGGCCUCCUGGUGUUUGACCUGACUAACCGGAAGACGUUUGAUCACAUACGGGACUGGCAUCGUGAGGUGGUUGAGCACGUCAAGCCUCACAAAAUGGUUUUCAUCCUGAUCGGGCACAAGAGUGACCUGACAGCUGAACGACGCGUGUUCAGGGAUGAGGCGGAGAAGCUGGCGGCCACCCUUGGGGUACGCUACGUGGAGACAUCUGCUAAGAACAACAGUAACGUAGACCGCGCCUUCGAAUUGCUGACCCUGGACAUCUACGAGCUGAUGAAGUGUGGUGAGAUCAUGCCUCGCGAUGGCUGGGACGGAGUAAAAAGCGGCCUUAAUGCCAAAGUCCUCUACCCGUCUGAGCAGGAGCCACCAGAGAGCAAGUGCCAUUGUUAGUUUUACUUUCUGAGUCUCCAAUAGCCUGGUUCUCAUGGUUAUGUGCCGUUGUACCAUCUGGAAUGAUCCAGACGAUCUUUGUGACCUGCAUUAAGCAAUUACUUCCUCUAGCAUAGUCUAGUAACACAGAUGUUUUCAUCCUGGAUGGGUUUCUUCUCAUGAGAAUGCACCAUGGCUGCUGUGUGCUGUCAAUGGAAUGCAACCCCCCAGUGUGGCAAGGCCAAGGGGAAGCAUUUUACAGCCAUCACUUAAGAUCAGUAGCUGGAAGCUGAACCAUGACAACCAGCGUCUAUUGGACCAUUACAUUCUGCUCCAAGCAGCCACAUUAAAUGGUCUAACGCCAUCAGAGGCGCGCACACACACCAUUCAUGCAGACAUUUUGCUUUAUUCUUGCUGUUCACCAGUGCCGUGAAUUAUUAGCUGGCCUGCUGAGCAUCUCAAGCACAGCGGCCCAUGUGUCCUGAUGCUCCUCAGGAUGAAGGAGCAGCACGUGUCUUCUCAGUACCACUAGUUAGGAAUUGGAAGUGUGCAAAGUUACAAGACAGACUUAGCAUCCCAUGGGGGAGAGGUUGAGGUGGGCUCUCGUCCAACAUGGAAGACAGCGAGCACAUGGAGCAUCAGGUUGGAAAGCCACGCACUCCGUACCAACAGAUGUCCCAAUGGAGGUGCUACCAAGUGUGAUGUCCACCAACAAGAAAAGGCCAGCGUUAAUUUGAUUUAACUUUCAGUCCCCACUCUCCCGAUUUAGAGAUUGUAACAUAUCACAUUUACAGCUGAGGCCCAACAAAAUUCUCCUUUGGAAAAUGUCUUCAUGAAGUAUUGGAUGACUGCACAUAUCACAGAGGUAAAGGAAAAUGACAUCUGUAGCUUCCUGUAUACUUGGGACUCAAUAGUCCAGAACAUUCCAUUUGCAGAAACUGGAAUCUUUUAGGCACAUCAUCGAUGGUAGCAUCUAACAUUGUCUUAUGUGAGAGUCUCUUCCCAAAUUCCCUGGCUUGACCACCAAAAUUCAACUCUCAGAUUUGUUUAAGUUCAAAGGACUAGUGGGAUCAUCCUGUUGUGAGUCCAUGAAACACCAACUGUGAGGGAUGCUCUUUGAGGUUUAGGGCUCGCUGGCAAAUUCCAGAUUGAGAUAAAUGGCCAAGCUGCACUGAGAAUGGGACUGACCAGGCCUGGGCUGUCUCUGCCUCUGCCAACCUGGGACCCCCAGAGCUAUGACGGAUGAUGUUCUCUGCAACCCGUGGUGCUGCACUUUCUUUUGUAGAUGACUGCUUCCUUCACAACAUUCCAAGCCGGGCACAGUGCCAUCGAUCCCUGACUCCCGCAGUCUUGCUUUUUUGCUGCUUUGUUGAUUGAAUGUAAUACCACUGUUAGCGUGGGGCAAACAGAUGUUUUUUGUACAAGUGAGGACUUUGCAUCAAACCUUACUUUAUCUGCUUAACUCUUCCAGCUGACGUCCAUGAAAGUGGAGUUAUUUUUCACUUAAUUGCAAACUUUUUGCAGAAAAUGUGGGCAUCCCCACGUCAUCAAUAUUUUUUGGGCUUAGUGGGAGUCUGCUUAAAAAAAAAGAAAUUCCCAGCAUUGGCCGGAGAAGAUGACGCCGUUAGGCCGGCUGCCAUAAUGUGUAGGACUUCCGAGCUCAUUAUUUGAUUUGUUCUUUCAUUUUAAUUUGUGCCGUUAAAUCCCAUUUCCUUCAUCUGCAAGUUACACUCAGGACUGAUCAUACGGUGCAAGUCGGUCAAAUCACACACUCACACACACUGAUUGGGUGGACGCCAUUAAAGCAUCUUUCUUCCUGCCAUAAUUAUUAUGAAGGCUGUAAGUACAGUGAACAGAAGGUUUCAAAUUUAAGGUGAUUAAGGACACGUGGACACAGGAGAUACGCAUGUUAGGAACGGUAAAGGCGUGGAGUUCGUUAACAAAUUAAGCGGACCAUCAGUCGUCAGUCUCCAUCUGAACUUUCUCAGACCUACCAAGUGCAUCUUUGGGAUUUGAGAGGAAGAAACGAAGUUGUCUGUGCAGAAAAAAAAUCUCAUGUAGACCCCAGGAGAACAUGCAGGCACAUGGACAUUGCUAGGAUUCUGAAAUUUUGGAAGACAUUUCUGUGUUUAAUUUGUACUUUUAUAUUUGUUUCAACAAAGUUGAUUUCUUAAUCAUUAUGUCCAUCACAUCAUCACUAUCAUAAGCUUAACAAUUAUUUUGAAUUAUUUGUUAACAUCAUUAUUACUUACUAUCGCUAUUCUUGUGAUACAAGCGUCACCGUUUUUUUUACCUUUUUUCAUGGACGCCGGCAUCCUGGGCCAUGUCUACUAAAUGUUGCCUUUCCGGUUUUGACCUCGGCUAGUUUUGUUUUACGAUUCAUCUUCCGAUUCCAUCUCUGUUCAACACGACCACUGCUCUGUGCAGUCAGUAUGCCGGGGAGCCAUCGGGGUUGGAGCAAAUGGUAGGGAAUACCACGGCAUGGUCCACGGAGGAACAAUGAAGAUGCGGUGACGGUGAGCAUGCUUGCCUUUCUACUGCCCAAUUGGAGGUCAAUUCCUGCCUGUUAACUCUAUUUGUUAUGGCCCUAUGUGCGGCCAUAUUGUCUUUGGAGUUAUUUAUUACAAUGUGGGAGAAGGAAAAAUCAAUAAUAAUGUGUAUAAAGAAGGCUACUAACAAUAGUUAAGUACUAAAUGUAUGAUAUGUAAGGGGGAUAACGUUGUGAUUACAGUGGAACCCUGGAUUGCGAGCAUAAUUCGUUCAAGAAACGUGCUUGUACAGUAAUCCAAAGCACUCGUAUAUCAAAGCGAUAUA